UCUCUGUGGAGUAGAAGCGGUGCCCUCUGUUUCACCAUUUUUUUUUUCUCUCAUCUGUUUUCCACUGCAUUUCCGCUUCUUCUUAGUUUUUUUUUUUUGUUCUUGUUUCUUGUUUGAUCAAGUUUCGGAUCUGAAAGUAAUGAAAAUGAUCACUCUUAUUGAUUUGCUUUGGGGUUUUUCUGAUAUUUUCAAGGCUCGCUUGACCACCGGUGCAAAGUUCGAAUCAAAGAGCUUCUUGUUGCCAGAGUUUUGUGGUGGCAUUGACUGUUAUGUUAGUAAAAGAUUAAUUGAGAGGUGUGAAAGCAGAAAAUGGCGGAUAAGGAAGAAGCAAAACAAGUUGUUCUACAGAUUUUGGAUUGUGAAGAUGGAGGAGUUGGUGCGAGUAAAGAUCUCAGUAAAAUCUCUGUUGCAAAAUUUCCUGAUUUUGAGCUAAAAGAAACUCGGAGUUUUAGGUGCACAAUUCCGAAAUCUGUGGUUGGGAGCUCUUCUUCACACGAGAUUGCUAGAAUGAAUCCCUAUAAACCUCCCAAAAUUCCGGCCGAAUCGGCAGUUCGGCGACCAUCGUUUGCUCGUUCUUCGUUUUCAAAGCCAAAAUCAAGGCUAGUUGAGCCACCUUGUCCUCAUGGUGGGAGUUUGGCAGAAGAAACGUUUGCAGAAAAAUCAAUAUCUGGUUCACCAUUCUGUAGCUCUACGAAGAUGGACUCCCCAGCUAGAAUAACUGCUGUGACUAGUCCUAGAGAAGCUUUGAAAUCGGUCCCAACAACUCCUAGAACACCAUUUACUGGAAAUGAGGAGGAAGAUGAUGAAGAAGUUUACAGAACUGCAGAACUGAAAGUGAAAGAAAGAUCAGGGAAGAAGUUGACAAAAACCAUUUUAAUCGAAUGGUUUUCAUUUUUGUGCUUGACGGGUUGUUUGAUUUCUACCUUAACAGUAGACAAAUUGGCGACGAAAGAGAUCUGGGAAUUAAGGUUGUGGAAAUGGUGUGUUCUGGUAUUAGUUAUUUUCAGUGGUCGAUUAUUUUCGCGGUGGUUUAUCAAUUGUCUAGUUUUCUUGAUUGAAAGAAACUUUCUACUUAAAAGAAAGGUUCUAUAUUUUGUCUACGGGCUGAGGAAGAGUGUUAUAGUUUUUAUUUGGCUGACUUUGGUUCUUCUAGCAUGGGGUCUAUUAUUUGAUCGAACCAGCAAGAGAUCUAAGAAAGGCCAUGCGAUUCUGAAUUAUGUUACUCGAGCUCUUGGUGGUUCUCUCAUUGGAGCAGCAAUAUGGCUGGUGAAAACUUUGCUGGUGAAGAUCCUAGCUGCUUCUUUUCAAUGCACUAGAUUCUUCGAUCGGAUUCAAGAAUCAAUCUUCCAUCAGUAUAUACUGCGCACCCUAUCAGGACCUCCACUGAUGGAGAUGGCUAAGGGAAUUGGGAGAACAGCAGGCACAGGGCAGUUGAGUUUCAGGCAUUUGAAGAAAGUAAGGGACGGUGGGAAGGAAAGGAAGGAAGAGGUGAUUGAUGUAGAUAAACUCAAAAAGAUGAAUCAAGAAAAAAUCUCUGCUUGGACCAUGAGAGGGCUAAUCCAUGUUAUAAGAAGUUCAGGGCUAUCCACCAUAUCUAAUACAAUAGAGAAUUUUAGAGACGAAGAGCUUGAACAAAAAGAUAAGGAGAUUCACAGUGAAUGGGAAGCAAGAGCUGCAGCUUACCAAAUUUUCAGGAAUGUCGCAAAACCCGGUAGCAAGUACAUUGAUGAAGACGAUCUCUUUCGUUUUAUGAGUAAGGAGGAAGUUGAUAAUAUGCUGCCAUUGUUUGAAGGAGCAGUUGAGACUGGGAAGAUCAAGCGAAAAACCCUGAAGAAUUGGCUGGUCAAUGUUUAUGUCGAACGCAAGUCGCUAGCCCACUCGUUGAACGACACGAAGACUGCAAUAGAGGAGCUAAACAAGCUUGCUUCUGCAACUGUAGCGAUUGUUAUUAUCGUUGAAUGGCUACUUAUGAUGGGUUUGUUGACGACACAAGUACUCGUCUUCUUUUCAUCACAGCUUCUGCUGGUGGUCUUCAUGUUCGGUAACACUGCCAGAACGGUAUUUGAAGGCAUCAUAUUCGUAUUUGUGAUGCAUCCAUUUGAUGUCGGGGAUCGUUGCGUCGUAGAUGGUGUGCAGUUGAUCGUUGAAGAAAUGAACAUUUUAACCACAAUUUUCUUGAGAUGUGACAAUGAGAAGAUCUUCUAUCCGAACUCUGUUCUUGCCACAAAACCCAUCAGUAACUUCUACAGAAGCCCGGAAAUGGGCGAUUCCAUCGAAUUUUCGGUCGACUUUUCCACAUCAAUCGAAAGCAUUGGAGCUCUAAAAGCAAGAAUAAAAUCAUACAUAGAAAGCAAGCCUCAGUUCUGGCGCCCGAACCACAGUAUCCUCGUGAAGGAGAUCGAGAAUGUCAACAAGAUGAAAAUGGGAUUACAUGUUAAUCACACCAUAAACUUUCAAAACUACGGCGACAAGAGCAGUCGCAGGUCGGAACUAGUGUUGGAGCUGAAGAAAGCUUUCGAGGAUCUCGGCAUCAAGUAUCAUCUCCUAGCUCAAGAAGUUCAGCUCAACUAUGUGAGUUCAGCAGCUCCUAUGGUUCCACCUUCCCAGAGAUGAAGGUGAUUCUUUCACUUAACUCAUUUUCUAGCAAGUCUUUGCUCAUUGGCUUCAAUGGAAACAAGAGGGCCUAGAAGAAGAUGUAGUUUGUGAUUUGAGCCAAGGAAUUGUAAAAGAUUCAUAAAUUGUUCUUAACACGUUUUAAAUUUUGUUUAUGAUAUCAUGAGAAUUGACCAUUGAA